AUGUCUUCGCAGCCCCUCCUUCAGACUGCUCCCGGCAAGCGCAUCGCCCUCCCCACUCGUGUUGAGCCCAAGGUCUUCUUCGCCAAUGAACGAACCUUCCUCUCAUGGCUGAACUUCACCGUCAUCCUCGGCGGCCUCGCUAUCGGCCUUUUGAAUUUCGGCGACCGCGUCGGCCGCAUCUCGGCCGGCUUGUUCACCAUCAUCGCCAUGGCCGCCAUGAUUUAUGCGCUUUUUACCUUUCAUUGGAGAGCGCAGAGUAUACGGAAGCGUGGACAGAGCGGGUUUGAUGACCGCUUUGGACCAUCGGUGCUUGCUGUCGCCUUGCUGGCGGCUGUUAUUGUCAACUUUAUUCUCAGAAUUCGGGAAUCGGGCCGAUCGUGA